GAUGCCCUUCAUACCCAUUUUGCUUGUGCUCGCCGGGCUGAGCUUUUUGUUUCGGCGACGGCGAUACCAAGCCAUCGAGCAAAAGGAGACUCCCCGGGUGGUUGUUAAAGGGCAUACAUAUUCGGAUACUGUGGAAGAGAUAGAAUUACCGCAGUUGCGAAGUGAAAGGGUCGAGAAUGUUCGGAAAGCGUGUAUGAUAGGCGCGGGAUAUGUGGGUGGGUUGACAGCGCUGGUCCUUGCGUCGCAAAAUCCACAUAUCCAGUUCUAUGUCGUCGACAGUGAUGCUCGACUCAUUGCCGCAUGGAAUUCAGAUCGCCCUCCCGUCUUUGAACCUGGGCUGGAAGAUCUCCUAUAUGAACCUGAUGAUCCACCGCAACUGCCAUCCCCGUCACCCUCUCCAAAGCCAGCGUUCUCACAACAUGAGCACGAUCUAGAAAGUUCAAGUAAUAAUAUAAGCCAUGGGGAGCUUGUUAAAGUCGUACCGCGGCGGAGAAAGCUCGCAAAUGUGAGCUUCUCGACUAAUAUGCACGAGGCUGUGGCGGCGGCAGACAUGGUCUUCCUGUGCGUCGACGCGCCAUCCAGUAUAACGGACGAAGACAAAACCAAUUUAGACCUUUCACGCUUGGAAAUAGCCAUCCAGGCGAUCGCACAGGUUUCGACUGGGCACAAGAUCAUAGUCCAGAAGUGUACCGCCCCGUGCGGCAUCGUGCCCCGGCUAAAGAAACUCUUAAAAGAAACGGCCUCCCCGUCGGCAUCCUUCGAUGUACUCUCCAAUCCCGACUUCCUCGUUCCCGGCGCAGCAAUCAGAGAUCUCCUAUAUCCACCCCGUGUGAUCAUCGGACACAUUUUCUCGGAAGACAUGUCGCCCGAAGCUCUAACAGCUUUAAAGCGAUUAUAUUCCCCCUGGGUCCCGGAUGAUCGCAUUGUGACCAUGGACGCCUGGUCUUCGGAACUAGGCAAGAUAGCGGCCAACGCCUUGCUCGCCCAACAGAUAAGCAGUCUCAAUUCACUCAGUGUUCUGUGCGAGUCAACGAACGCCAAUAUCAACUAUGUCACGGAGACACUCGGGUUAAGUCAGCGAUCGGGAUUAGGAUUUGGUGGAUCGAAUCUGCAAUCGGACGUGCUGUGUUUGGUGUAUCUGGCGAGGGAAUUGGGAUUACAGGAGGUGUUCGACUACUGGAUGGCGGUGCUUCGGAUGAAUGAAUACCAGCGACAUCGCGUUGUCAAACGCUUAAUUACCCGUCUGGGUGAUGUGAAGGAGAAGCGAGUCGCGGUACUUGGGUUUGUGUCCAAAGGAAAUGUGAUGGAUACGCGGACCACAACGGCAUUGGGCUUGGUCCGAACAUUGACGAGCAAUGGAGUGCGAGUCAACAUAUACGAUCCACACGUCCAGGCCGACCGCAGCGAGAGUACCUUACGACUUUACGAUUGUCAUCCGGAAAUGGUAACCGUGACCGAAUCCAUCGAAACAGCGUGUUUUGGAUGCAGCGCGCUGGUGCUACAUACGGAUUGGGAGGAGUUUCGUCAGGAUGCGGUGCGCUGGCAACGCAUUGCCGGCCAUAUGGCGAGUCCCAGGGUACUCUUAGACCCACACGGCGUCUUUGAUGGGUUCAAGAUGCAGCAAUGGGGAUUUGAGGUGUUGCAGGUUGGCAUCCGCAGUGCGAAGGUGGUGUGAGCUGGUAUAAUAUUUCUUGUAUUGUAUCCUGUAUG